GCCGCCAAGAUGCCCAGCCCUGGCGCCCCCCCACCGCCGGCCGCGGCCGAGUACUGGAUCGAGGGCUCCCGCCGGGAUUGCGCGCUCGACCACUUCUACGCCCGCGGCGCCGAGCUGGGCAGGGGUGCCACGUCGGUGGUGUACAGCUGUGAAGAUCGAGAGACCCAUGCCCAGUAUGCUGCCAAAAUAUUGCAGAAGACGAUAGACAAGAAAAUUGUCAGGACUGAGAUUGGCGUUUUGCUGAGGCUCUCGCAUCCAAAUAUAAUCAAACUCAAAGAGAUUUUUGAGACCCCCUCGGAGAUCACCCUCAUCCUGGAGCUUGUGACGGGCGGAGAGCUCUUCGACAGGAUUGUAGAGAGGGGCUUCUACAGCGAGAGAGACGCAGCCAAUGUGGUGAAGCAGAUCCUGGAGGCCGUGGCCUAUCUGCAUGCCAACGGAGUGGUCCACCGGGACCUGAAACCAGAGAAUCUCCUCUAUGCGGAUCUCUCCCCGGAUGCUCCUCUCAAAAUUGGUGAUUUUGGAUUAUCCAAGAUUGUGGAUGAACAGGACACGAUGAAAACUGUGUGCGGCACCCCAGGAUACUGUGCUCCUGAAGUCCUCCAUGGAUCCCCGUACGGUCCUGAAGUGGAUAUGUGGUCAGUCGGAGUCAUCACGUAUAUCUUGUUGUGUGGCUUUGAACCGUUCUUCGACCCGAGAGGAGAUCAGUAUAUGUACAGCAGGAUUCUAAACUGUGACUACGAGUUUGUUUCUCCUUGGUGGGAUGAGGUGUCUCUCAAUGCCAAGGAUCUGGUCCAAAAACUGAUUGUCUUGGAUCCCCAGAAAAGACUGACGGUGCAGCAGGCAUUGGAGCAUCCUUGGGUCACGGGCAAAGCCGCUAAGUUUGCUCACAUGGACAGCACCCAGAAGAAACUACAGGAGUUCAAUGCCAGAAGGAAGCUGAAGGCAGCCAUGAAAGCCGUCGUCGCUUCUAGCCGUCUGGGCAACCACAGCCACUAUGACGGUUCUAGGAAUGGGCGUCACCCGGAUACGGCCAAAGAGCCACGCCUGGACCAGGGAGCAGAAAGCACCCUCGCUGUCGAAGACGACCUUUAUAGCAAACCCUCGGGGACCAGUUUGUCGGAUGCCAGCUCUGCGCCUCCUUCAGCCAAAGAAGAGGACCUUGAAUCUUUCCGAACCGAGUACUCCUCCGUUGCCUCGGCGGUUGUGGUGAACGGCACGGGCUGCCCGAGUUAACCCCGCAGGAGUCCAGU